AUGAAACCCUACAGCCGCCGCGCGUAUUUCAAUCAACCAUGCCCUCUGAGAUGCAACCACUCGACCUCAUCGGCGCCGUUUUACUUGCAGCAAUUCACAUCGCUCCACCUCACAUCCGCUGUAUCGAUCCCAACCACUCUCAUUUUCGAUCCAUCAACGAAUCCAUUGACCACAGACACCACAAUUCAGGCCACCGUCGCUAAACCUCUCCAUGCAGCAAACGGUCGGCAACCACCUAUGAGCGUCGCCGUGAGUAAACUUCUAGAACUCGCGUGGAUUUUUAUGAUCUGGUAA